ACUUCAGUUUGGGGAAAUUCUUGUUUUAAUUUGCGCUCUCUCUCGGCUACUCGUCUUCUACGGCUAUUCUGCUAACAUCUCCGGCCUCCCUCGAAUCAACGGCACAGGCCACAAUAAGGCUAUAGGAAUUUGUAAUUCAUUCCAUCUAUGGAAACUGAUAAGUGGGCAAGUUUUAUGGAAGGAGCUAGUGAUUCUGAAGGUUAUGGGGAGGAUCUUGAUGAUGAUGACAUUUGCUGUGCAUAUGCAUCCACCGAUAUACCCCAGUUGCAGUUCAGGAAAGAUAUUUCAAGAUCACGGUGGCUUGACCAGUUUGGUAUGGCUGAGGUUGUGGAGAGGAAGGGUGGAUUGUGGACAACUACUGGGAUAGUUCGUAAUGGCAAGAUAUACUGCUUCAUUGAAGAGAUUUUAUAUCUUGCUGAAAUUGGGGCUCUGCAUCUCUUCGGUAAUGAUGACGCACCCCUUUCUCUGGAACACAUAUACAACAAGGUUGCAGAAGGAAAAAGUGGAUGUUCCUUGGAAUACUUUGAAGCAUAUAAGCACUUGAAAUCUCUUGGUUAUAUAGUCGGGCGUCAUGGUAUUCCUUGGUCAAUGAGAAGGUCAAAAGUAGAUUGUGCUAUUAACCAAGACACGCUGGAGACUGCUCAAACCGGAGAUGAAGAAUCAAGAAACAACGUUCUCAUCUCUGAAAUGUUUAGUAACAUGCAAAUUGGUGGACUGAGACUGGCUUUUGACGUUUACCCUCCUAAUAGCAGAUUCAGAAAGUCUGCUCCUGGUGAUCCCUAUUUUGUACUUUGCCUUGCUAGUGAGUAUCCACCUUCCAAAGAAGAAAUCGAAGAUCUUGAGAGACAUUCUCAUGGUAUUCCUUUGAAAUUCUGUCUGGUUGAGCAUGGGCGUGUAAGCUUUUUCUCAUUCAACAAAGUUGAGCUUCCUAUCCUUUCAUGAUCCCUUCGAGCAACAACAACAGAAAUAACAGCCCAUUAAAAUCUCACAAGUGGGGUCUGGAGAGGAUAGUGUGUACGCAGACCUUACCCCGACCCCGAGGGAGUAGAGAGGCUGUUUCCGAUAGACUCCCGACUUUCAUGAUCCCUUCGAGCAAUGAAUGCAAAUCUUGGCAUGCCCUGAGAAGAGCUAUGGUACAAUUAUGGAUUUUAAGUUUGUGGAUUGAUGUUUCACCAUUGUGUAAUUGCUAACACAUUAUUAAGUAUGUUUGACUGAUGAAGGUGGACCUUGUCUCCUAUGUUAUACAAGUCUUAUGAUCUUAUCUUCUCUUCCCUCAAUGUUGUUAAAGCUGAAGGUUGAUACUAAAUGUUAUUGCUUAAUUCUUAA